AAGAAUGGCGCCCAAAGAGAUGCGCUACUGCUUUCCAUUAGCCCGGAUUUUGCUGUUGAUUUGCCUUGCCUGCGCCAGCCAUGCCAUCCAUUUCGAUUCCGGCUUUACUGACAAAGUUAUUAUCGACGGACAGCAACAGCUAGUGCGGACAAGGAGAGACACACUGGUCAAGCACAAGACGCAGCAUUUGAAACCGGCCAUCGAGAUCGAACCGAUCAACGAGAAGGUCCGUGUGGCGAUGCCCCAUUUCAAUGUCCAGGAUUUAACGACGUACGCCAACCAGGCGGCCUCGGCCAUAGCUGCCCGUUUCGACGAAUUCGAACCAACUCUUUUGGCCAGCAAUGAAAGUCGACUGCAAACUUCAAGCGCUGCCUGGUUUAUGGCGGCCUCUCACAAGACCAAGGUUGUGGCUAAAAACAUCUCUCGUAUCGCAUUGAUGGCUGAAGAGACAACCAAAUAUUUUGCUCAAGGAUUAAAAUUAACGAAGGAACAAAUCACCUUCGCCCUACCGACCAUGGACGUCCGCAACACGGUAUUGGCAGAUCAGUGUCCGCUCGAAGUCGAUUUUCCGUGCCAGCCACGGAAAUACAGAGCCUACAAUGGCUAUUGCAACAAUGUGCAGAAUCCUCGCUGGGGUAACGCCAACACAAGAUACUUGCGGUUCCUCCCACCCGAUUACAGUGACGGUGUUAGCAUUCCUCGUCAGGCUAACGACGGAACGUUCCUUCCCAGUGCCCGAGAUAUUUCGCUAGCCGUUCACAAAGACGUGGACAAUCCGCAUCUUCACCUGACGGCCAUGGCGGCCAUCUGGGGACAAUUAGUGCACAACGAUAUCUCCCACACGCCGCAAAUGGCUGGUUUUCUGGGUCAACGCCUGAGGUGUUGUGGCGUGAAUUUGCACGAAUUCCAUCCCGAAUGCUACCCAAUCCGGCUGCCAGACAGUGAUCCUGUCAACGGUCAAAUUAACAUCAAAUGCCAAGAGUACGUCAGAUCGGGAACGGCACCCAGAGUAGGCUGCACGCUCGGCCCUCGUGAGCAAAUCAACCAGGUCACGAGUUUUUUGGAUGGAUCGACCAUCUACGGAAGCUCGGUGGAGGAGGCCAACGACUUGCGGCUUUUCCGAGCUGGGCUAAUGAAGACCCAAGCCGGACCCAGAGGCACAACCAAAGGCCUUCUUCCGCCUGACGACAAUAUCAUCGACUGCAACACCAAAAAUAAGGAUGUCAAGUGCUUCAAAGCGGGAGAUGUUAGAGUUAACGAGCAUACAGAGCUAACAGCCCUUCACGUUAUUCUGAUCCGUGAACACAAUCGCCUGGCCGAGGAAUUGGCUGUCAUCAAUUCGCAUUGGUCGGAUGAAACGUUGUUCCAGGAAGCCCGGCGGAUCGUUGGCGCUGAGAUGCAGCAUAUUACCUAUUCGGAAUUUUUGCCCGUCAUUCUCGGCCAGACCAUUAUGGAGAAAUAUGGACUUGAGCCGGAAUCGACCGGUUAUUUUACCGGAUACGACAUCAACAUUAAUCCAGGUGUGGCUAAUUCAGUGGCGGCUUCAGCUCUCCGAUUCGUCGCCUCCCUUCUUCCUAAAAAUAUGGGUCUGUACCGAAAUGGACGCAAAAUUUCGGAACAAAAAAUGGGUUCCAGUUUUUACGCUCCUUUCGAACUUUACGAAGCCAAUGGACUCGAUGAAAUUAUCGAAGGUCUUGCCAGGACCCUCUCACAAUCUGAGGAUCCAUCCAUUAACGAUGUGAUGACCAAUCACAUGUUCCAGGAGAAACCUGGCACCGCUGGAUUGGAUUUGGCUGCACAAAUUAUUCAACAUGGACGCGAUCACGGAAUUCCGGGUUACGUGAAAUGGCGUGAAUUUUGCGGUCUUCCGGUCAUCACGACGUUCGAUCAACUUACCGAUGUGAUGAACGGUGCCACUAUUGCCACGUUGAAGAGCAUCUAUCGCCACGUCAACGAUAUCGAUUUGUUUACCGGCGGAUUAGCCGAAACACCCAGCGCUGGUGCGGUUGUUGGACGCACUCUAGGUUGUCUCAUUGGCCGUCAGUUUCACUAUCUACGACGUGGUGAUCGUUACUGGUACGAAAAUGAACUGCCUCCCUCAUCUUUCACUAAAGAUCAACUUCACGCCAUCAGAAAAGUGUCAUUGGCUCGUUUGAUUUGCGACAACAGCGAUUCCAUCAAUCAAAUUCAACCACGCGUCUUUUUGAUCAACGAUCCUUUCUUAAACGCUGACAUGUCUUGCCAUGAUGGAGUCAUCCCCAAGAUGGACCUUGGCGCAUGGAAAACUGCUUCACCGCAUUUCGUCAUCCCGGAAACAUUGCUGGAAGAGUCUGUGGUGCGCGCAAAACGUGAGGCCGAGGAUUACCUGACAUUGGAAGAGACCCUACAAUUGACAGCUGCUGUUGGUGCUGCUUCGACUCGACCCAAGAGACAGAUUUCAAGCUUCAACCCCAUAACGAAUUUGAGUGCCUGGACCCGAACGGCCAAUCAAAAUACUGACAAGAGGGCCAACUUCCUAACCUUGCACUCGCUGGUAACUCCGGCACCGCUCAACCGCCGCCAAAUGUCCCCACAAACCAUCCUAACAACCAUUCACCCUUCCCUGAGAGCUUGGCUGGCCCCGCUCAUCUUCCCUAGACUCCGUACUGCCCAUCACGAAGGCCAUGGUUUCGAGGAGCGUCAAAGUUUUGAGCAGCCUCGCUUUCACGGAGCCAGCGCUCAGGCCCUCAAUCAAUACAAUCUUGACCAGCACCUGUUGAACCUGCUGUUGGCCAGCUAUGGCGAAGGCGAAGUUGAGACGGACUCGUAUGGACCACGAAAACGGGAGGCGGUGGACGUUCUUCAAGAUUCGGCUCGAGUAGCUCAUCACGUGAACGGCUUGUUGGCCGAUUACGAGAGUCAACGUAAAGGAGCUGAUCCUAAAUCUCCUGUUGGUACGGCUUUUAGCUUCAGCAGACCCAAACGUCAAGCGAGUGCUAUCGCAAACAUUUCGCGUGUUCUCCAGUUUGCUUCCAAACGAUUCGUCAAUAGUUUCCUCAACCUUGUCAAUCAAAAGGACGUCGAGUCACAACCACAGCCGUCCACUCUUCAAGAAUUGAUGAAGGUCUUGCCGAAUAUCGACGUCAGUGAAGUCGUUGAUAUUCCCAAGGUGUUCCAGUGCGAUGAACAGACGCUACCGUGCGACCACACGAGCAAAUACCGCACUAUGACAGGCUGGUGUAAUAACCUUAAUUUCCCCGAAUUGGGCAAAUCUCUUAGGGCUUUCGUUCGCCUCCUACCACCAAAAUACGAGGACGGGCUAUCCACAAUGCGUGCGACUGCCGUUUCGGGCCGUCCGUUACCUAGUGCCCGCAUGAUUUCGGCUAAUAUUCACAACGAUGUCAGCGCUCCGCAUACCCGCUACUCGCUGAUGGUCAUGCAAUACGCCCAGCUGCUCGAUCACGAUCUGACAUUCACACCUGUCAACCGUGGAUUCGGUGGUUCUAUUAUCGAUUGCAAUAGUUGCGAUUCCGCAAAAACCGUCCAUCCGGAAUGUGCUCCAAUUGCUGUACCUCCCAAUGAUCCUUGGUUCCCGCAUAUUGAACGCUCUACCGGCCGUCCUAAAUGUAUUCCAUUCACGAGAUCUUUACCUGGACAGUUGACUCUCGGUCAUCGUGAACAGUUGAAUCAAGUAACGGCCUUCGUUGAUGGAUCAAGUACCUAUGGCAGCGAUGUUUGCGAGAUGCGCAAAUUGCGCGCGUUUGUUGGCGGCCGAUUGAAUUCCACCCGUCAUCCCAUCCGCGGCAAGGAUCUCUUACCUUUAACUGGAGAGCAUCUCGAAUGCAAAUCCCCAUCUGGCGUAUGCUUCACUGGAGGAGACACUCGUGCCAGCGAACAACCUGGAUUGACUUCCAUUCACACAAUCUUUAUGAGAGAACACAAUCGUAUUGUUACCGAACUCGCCAAAAUCAAUCCUCAUUGGAACGACGAACAAUUGUUCCAGAACGGUCGACGCAUUAUGAGCGCAGAAUUCCAGCACGUAUCGUACAACGAAUUCCUUCCGCGUGUGCUCGGAUGGAAUGCCAUCCAACUUUACGAACUCAAAGUUCUUACCGAGGGUUAUUACAAUGGAUACGAUCCCACCUGUAAUCCUACCAUCUUUACCGAAUUCUCCAGUGCGGCCUUCCGUUUCGGGCAUUCGUUGUUGAAAGAACAAUUCAAACGCAUGGGAGCUAAUUUCGUCGAUCGUAAAUCGAACGUGAAAUUGCGUGACGUCUUCAUGAACCCUGAUAUCAUCUACCAAGUCGGCAUGAUCGAUGAUCUUUUACGUGGCAUGCUGGGAACCUCGAUGGAAACUAUGGAUCAGUUCAUCACUCACGAAGUUACCAAUCACUUGUUUGAGGAGAAAGCCAAACCUUUCUCCGGACUUGAUUUGGCCGCAUUGAAUAUUCAAAGAGCUCGCGAUCACGGCAUCCGACCUUACAACGACUAUCGGGCCUUGUGUAACCUGAAACGUGCAAGGACAUUUGAAGAUUUAUCACGCGAAGUCACGCCAGAAAUUAUCACCCGUCUCAAGCAGACUUAUGAACAUGUCGACGACAUUGACCUGUUCCCCGGUGGUCUCGCAGAGACAUCCUUGCACGGAGGCCUUGUGGGUCCAACCUUUGCUUGUAUCAUUGCCAUGCAGUUCCGUCAGUUGCGUAAAUGCGAUCGUUUCUGGUAUGAAAAUGGUGAUCCAUUGAUCCGAUUCACCGAGGCUCAAUUAGCUGAGAUCCGUAAAGCCACGGUGUCCAAAUUGUUAUGUGAUAAUUCUGACGGAAUUGACACCACCCAACGAUCAGCUUUCGAUCAGAGCGAACCAUUCCUGAAUCCACGGGUACCGUGUCGAUCUUUGCCAUCAAUUGAUUUGGAGCUGUGGAAGGAACGUGUGUCCUGCACAGUUGGAUCAACCAACAUUGAAGUUGGAAAGGCUGAUCGCAUUUCACCCUGUGUCAUGUGUACCUGCACAAGAGAAGGGCCCAUUUGCCAGUCACUGAAGGUAGUCAACUGUUUCCAAUUGGCUCAGACUUUUAGCCCGGCUGCGAUUUUGAACGAUCACGUAUGCAAAGUGCAAUGCGCAUUUGCUUUCCGAGCCUUCCCGCAAGUCGCUGCGGCGCAAGACCCCAAUCAGCUCGGUUUCAGUUAAAUUUUCUGCACGCUGACGAAAAAUUGGGGGAGAAAAAAAUGACAACACCAUCAACGGAAAAGAAGAGAGUCCCUCCCCUACAACUGUUUUGGAUUUAUUAUAAGAAAUUUGUAUAAUCAUCGGUACUACGAUUUCGAAAUUUUUUUUUCGGUCAGUAGUGUAAUCAAUUGGGAAAUCUUGAAUACGCUGGACGUCUGUAUAAACAGUUUUUGCCAACUUUUAUUUGAAUCAUAUCAAUGACUGACUUUCUUUAAUCACCUCGACUUGGGUGUCUGUAAAUUAGGCGCAGUCGCAAGUCAGAAUUUGAUGCUUUCUACAUUUGGACUCGCUGCUGGUGCAAAACCAAGCGGAUACGCAAGGUGAUCCUCUUAUCUAAAUAUAUACUAAAUGCUUGGCCUAUCUGGUUGGCCGUGGCAUUGCAUCUUGUGGUACGAUGAGUAAUGACCUGCUAAUUAUGUAAGAAGAAAAUAUAAAAUGUAAAUUUAA